GAUAAAUUAUAGUCUCACUCUUCAAAUUCUUGCAGAACCAUCUUUUGGGAUUUACUGAUGUUCUAAUAUUGAAAUUUUGGGAUUGAAGUCUGGUUCUUGUAUUUGUGUCUGUGUGAACUGUGAAGAUGGAAGGAGUUGAAAAAACUAACAACGCAGCUGUGGAGAAAUGCCAUAGAUUUCUCAAUCUCUUAUGUAAUCCUAACGAUCGAACUCAGCGUAAAAGCUUAAUGGUGCAAACAGAGGAGGUUGUGUUAAUGUUCCAAAGGGUUGUGUCAGUUCUAGAUAGUGGUUUAGAACAUAGGAGAGUGAGAAAAUCAAAGAUGUUUGAAACAUCUUUACCUCAACACAUCUUCCUAGAUAGUCCUCAUACUGGAACAAUACUUUCACCAAAGCCUCCCAAAGUACUACCAACUAAUCGCCCUGAAAACCCAAUUCAAGAAAUGGAUUCAAAAUCCAGAAAUUCUCUGCAGCCUUCCCAGAAUAAGGUUCCUCCAAACAUUUCAAAGCCAAAACCAUCACAAAGCGUCCAGUUUCCUCAGCAACAGAUACAGAUUGUUCAUUUUCAGCCGCCACAGAGAAAUUUCCAGACUGAUAACUACUCAAGGAGUAACAGUGGCACAUGCCUUACAUUUGAUGGUUCUACACAAGCACCCACCGUGUCAUCCACGAGGUUCAUACCAUCUUUGAGCAUAGAUGGUAGUGAUGCUAAUUCAAAUGACAAUUCUUUCUAUAUUAUUGGCAUGCCUCAGUUACCCAAUCAGAUCCCAAAAGAUUCAAGACCGAGGUGCUCUGGAAGGGUAGAAGGUGGCAGUGUGAAAUGUGGCAGUAUUGCUACAUGCCAUUGUUCAAAGAAGAGGAAACCGAGGCUGAGAAAAACCAUUAAGGUGCCUGCCAUCAGUGACAAGGUUGCCGAUAUUCCUGGUGAUGACUAUUCCUGGAGAAAAUAUGGGCAGAAGCCAAUCAAGGGCUCUCCUCAUCCUAGGGGAUACUAUAGGUGCAGCAACAUGAAGGGUUGCCCAGCAAGAAAGCAUGUUGAGAGAUCCCUGGAAGAUCCUUCAAUGCUUAAUGUAACUUAUGAAUGUGAGCAUAACCAUUCAAGGUUACUAUCAUCACAAUCUGCCCAUACAUAAGAACUUCAUGGAUAUCCUUCAAGGAAAAAACAGAGAAUUCAGAGAUUCAACUCCGAACUUAUCAAAUAAAACUAAAUGUGAUUCAUGUUUUGUAGUGAAUGCUCCUGUAAAUAAUAUGACUCAACUCUGAGAUCACUAACAGUGAAAGGAUUUGUUGUCAGAUGAACAACGAUUUCUAGGUCCUAUUCAACUUUCUAGAUCAGUCUAGUUUGAGCCAAAAACCAGAUUUAAA